AUGUCUACAAGUCCUCCUGACGCAGCACAGCCAAUCAGUUCUGUGAAGCUGUAUAGCAUCUUGGCCGGGCUCAUGAUAGCCACGUUCCUAAUAUCAUUGGAUGUCUCCAUCAUCGCUACUUGCGCUCUUCAACCUCUCAGCGGCAAGCUCUCCUCACUGAUAUCGCUGCGAUGGGCCUACCUCGCAUUCUACGUCAUAUUCCUGCUCGGAUCCCUGAUCUGCGGCAUGGCCAACAGCUCCAGGAUGUUCAUCAUCGGACGAGCCGUCGCGGGGGCCGGAGGCUCCGGGGUAGUAUCGGGUGGGCUCUCGGUGAUUGCAAUGAUCACCACCCCGCAGCAGCGUCCACUGUUCACGGGGCUAAUUACCUCUCUUUACGCCCUGGGAACUGUAGUCGCCCCGAUCAUCGGCGGCGCGCUGACUGAGCAUAGGACGUGGAGGUGGUGCUUUCUCCUCAACCUGCCCGCAGGAGCCGUGACGGUGGUGGCGUUGCUCUUAUUCUUCCACCCCCCUGCUCCCAAUACCAACAAUGGGGGUGUCCAUCGCGCAUCCCUCCUAAAACAGCUCGACCUUCUCGGAUGCGCGCUCUUCAUACCCUCCAUCAUCAUGAUCAUGCUGGCCCUGCAAUGGGGCGGCAGCGAAUCCGCCUGGGGUUCAGCGACGGUGCUCGGACUCUUCGUCGGCUUCGCAUUCACGAUGACAAUCUUUGUCGUCUGGGAGUGCCACAUGAAGGAGCAAGCCAUGAUCCCCAUCGUGCUGUUGCAGGGCAGGUCGACCAUGCUCAGUCUUGCCUUUGCGUUUGUGUUCAUGGGGUCGUUCGUCAUCCCGGUGUAUUUUCUACCCGAAUGGUUCCAGAUCGUCCAGGCCGCGAGCCCCAUGCGCAGCGGCGUCAUGCUUCUGCCGUCGGUGUGCACCCAGGUGCUUGGAUCCCUCGUCUCCGGGAUCCUAGCCAAGCACCUCAGCUACUACAACCCGUGGCUCUUCAUCGGCUCCGCCUUCCUCUGCAUCGCCAACGGGCUGUACACAACCUUUACUGUCUCCUCAGGACCCGCCGCAUGGAUCGGGUACCAGAUCUUCCAGGGCCUGGGCUGUGGCGUUGCCGCCCAGAUCCCUUUGCUGAUGGUGCAGCUGGCACUGAAGGAUCGACCGCGCGACGUUCCUGUUGCGAUCGCCACGGUUCUUUUCACGCAGUACUUUGGGAGUGCGGUGGUGCAGAGCAUCGGGGGAACCAUUUUUCAGACUGAACUGAGAAAGCAGCUGCGGGAUCGGGCUUCGUUGGAGUAUACGCAGGUGGAGAUGCUGCUUGAGGCUGGGACCCGCGGGAUGCGCGAGGUGGCUGCCCAGGCAUUUCCGGAUCGGUUGGCUGAGGUGGUUGUUGCGUAUGACAAGGCUAUUACUCCUGUGUUUUAUCUUCCCGUAGCUGGGAGCGCUCUGGCGUUUAUAGUAGCCGGCGGGAUUCCAUGGGUCAAUACUCGCCCGGCGCAGGGAAAUGGUGACUUGCUUUGUGCAGAGCGAAGUGAGAAACCUCAGUCGGAUGGGCAGGUCACUGUGUGAGGAACUAGCUUGCUGCGCGUGGUCAUUGGGUAUGCAACACUGACUCUAAAGGUUCUGGC